AUGGAUCAAAUAGAAAUCACUGCCAAAGAAACAAAGAACCCAUGGGGAGCGUCAAACGAGGCUGCCACCCCCUGCUCCUUGGCUGAUGUUAUGAGUGAACAGCUGGCCACGCAGCUGGAUGAGGAGUGCAGUGUCUUCCCCGCCUGUACAGAUGUGGAUAAUGUCAUCACGGUGGAUAAUGUCGACACCUCGAGUGACCUCAUGCUUGCCCAGAUGCUACAGAUGGAGUUUGACAGAGAGUUUGAUACACAGCUGCGCAGAGAAGAAAAGAAAUUCAAUGGGGAUAGUAAAGUGUCCAUUUCUUUUGAGAACUAUCGCAUGGUUCACCCUUAUGAUGACAGCGAUAGCUCAGAAGAUGAAGUGGAUUGGCAGGACACUCGUCACGACCCCUAUGGACCAGAUAAGCCCAUGACCACCCCAAGGAAAGGCUUUACAGGAAAAGGCAGGAACAUCACUACGAAGCACGAUGAAGACGUGUGUGGGAGGAAGAACACGGCCCGCAUGGAGAACUUUGCUCCUGAGGUCCAGGUUGGUGAUGGCAUCCGAAUGGACUUGAAGCUCUCCAAUCACGUGUAUAAUGCUCUGAAGCAGCACUGUUAUGCCGAACAGCGCAGGAGCGCUCGUCUGCAUGAGAAGAAGGAGCACUCCACUGCAGAGCAAGCUGUAGACCCCAAGACUCGCUUGUUGAUGUACAAGAUGGUGAAUGCUGGGAUUCUGGAGAACAUCAAUGGAUGCAUCAGCACAGGGAAGGAGUCCGUGGUUUUCCACGCUGAUGGAGGGAGCCUGGAGGAAAAAGCCGUCCCUACAGAAUGCGUACUAAAGGUGUUCAAGACGACCCUGAACGAAUUCAAGAACCGAGACAAGUACAUCAAGGAUGACUAUCGCUUCAAGGACCGCUUCAGCAAGUUGAACCCCCGCAAGAUCAUCCGGAUGUGGGCAGAGAAGGAGAUGCAUAAUCUGGCCAGGAUGAAAAAGGCUGGAAUUCUCUGCCCAGAGGUGGUCAUUCUGAAGAAGCACAUACUGGUGAUGUCGUUCAUCGGCCUGGACCACGUGCCAGCGCCGAAGCUGAAGGAGGUGAAGCUGGGUGCUGAGGAUAUGAAAGGAGCCUACUACCAGGUGCUGCAAGUGAUGCAGCAGCUAUAUCAGGAAUGUAACCUUGUGCACGCUGACCUGAGCGAGUACAACAUGCUGUGGCAUGAUGGGAAGGUAUGGCUGAUCGAUGUCAGCCAGUCUGUGGAACCCACUCACCCUCAUGGACUGGAGUUCCUGUUCCGAGACUGCAGGAAUGUAUCUACAUUUUUCCAGAAAGCGGGUGUGGCUGAUGCCAUGAAUGUUUAUGAUCUCUUCAAUGCUGUGUCCGGCCUCCAGAUACAGGCUGACACUGAGGCAGAGUUCAUAGCUCAGAUUGAAGCCUUGGAGAAGAUGAACGAGGACCACGUGCAGAAGCGUGGGAGGAAGACCGCAGCCUCCAUGAAUGAUGGCGGGCCGCCUAUAUUGAACAAUGACGAUGAUUAGUGACGGUGAUAAGUCUGGCUUAACAGCAGAAUAUGUAUGGGUUUCAGAAAACUGGAUAACACCCCUCCUGACCUCAGCGCGGGCACAGCGGAAAUGUGGACUGUUACGGGUCACAUCAGGGUGAUUUAAUUUGCAAACAAGACUACAGUAGAUGUCCAUUUGAGGUUUUGCAGUUAAGUUUUGCUGUAGUUGGAGUGGAGUGAUUUUUGGAGGGUUGCAGUAAAUUUGCUUAUGUAAUUGCAUCUGAAUUACAAUGGGGAGCUAUAAGUGUUUAGAUACUGAACAUGUUCAUUCUAAGGCACUUUUUAAGAUGUAACGUGGAAGAAUCUUAAUUUUGAAAAUAGGGAAUGAUGGUAAAUGCCAAUGUAUUAACUACAUUAAAUUCAAACAAGUCAAAAUGACAUAAAAAAAAAAAAUCAUGUUGUAAAAUCGGUGCAGUGUGAUAGCUGCUGUGCUCUGUUCAUUGAUCAUGCUUUUGUGAAUGUUGUUGACGUGAGAUCACCACCAUUGUGUGUUAUCUAGAACUUUGUCAAUGCAAGAACCAUUAAGUAAAUAUAAGAAUUUUCCUCGUAAA